AUGUUCAAACGAGCUGCAUCAUCUGGAUUUCGAUUCGCGUUCAAUUCAACAACAUCGAAGUUUCAAAGAUUCAAACAAGUUCCGAAGUUAUUGGCUAUCACUGGUGGAGCCUCAAUGGGAAUCGCAUUUUUCGGAAAAGCAGAAGAAAAGAAGCCUGAGAAUUUGGAACAAGUAACUGGAAACAGUGAGAAACCGAAGAAUUUCGAUUUGAUUGUUCAAAAUGCUGAUGAGUUAUAUGAUAAUUAUCUCAUUGAUAAUUGUUACAAUAUUCUGAAAAAAUUCGAAUCCUCAAAGUGCUCGGAACUUCUGUGGCGUCUUGCACGCGUCGUUUGCGAAAAAGGAAAGCUUGCGAAAGAUCCGAAUGAACGAAAGGAAUUGAUUCUUGAAGCAUAUGAAAUCAUCAAGAAAGCAUUGGAAAAUGAACCGAAAGAGGGAUGUUUCGGUGCACACAAAUGGUAUGCCAUUCUUCUCGACUACGUCGGCGAAAUCGAAGGCAACAAAUCUCGCAUCGAGAAGUCAUUUUUGGUCAGAGAACAUCUUGAGAAGGCGUUGUCGUAUUUCGAGAACGAUCCAACGACGUGGCAUAUUCUGGGUGUUUGGCACUUCUCGUUCGCCAAUAUGGGUUAUGCAACCCGAAUGGUGGCAAAAGCAAUCUUCGCCACGCCUCCUUCAUCUACUUAUCAGGACGCUCUUCAUUACUUCUUGAAGGCUGAACAAAUCUCGCCUGGAUUCUACAGUACUAACACCUACUACAUUGGGGAGGUUUACGAACAAUUGGGGCAGAAACAAGAUGCCAUCGAUGCAUUCAAAAAAUCGUUCAAAAUGCCAGUAGUGACUUCUGACGAUGCAGCGAUUCAUAAGAAAGCAUAUGAAAAGUUGAAGAAAUAUGGAGUCAAGGAUAGCGAAGUUGUAUAA